CCUUGAAACGAAAUCCAAACACGCCGUAAAGAAACCCUGAAUAAACCUCUAUUUCGUUUUCAAUCCACCACCCCCAGGCUCUGUUUACGGAAAAUGACGUCAGCGGAAGGAAGCCUCGGAAAAGAGCUGGAACAUACGCCGAACGGUGCCGUAGUUGUCAAUGACGUCAAGGAAGACGAUGAAGAUGAUGUUCCAAUGCUAAGCUCUCAAGCUCUGGAGGCGCUCAAGGAGUUCCUCACCGAACAGAACCGGGAGCUUGAAGCGGCGGAUGAUGUCGAGGAGGUGGCCCUGGUGGCGGAGGACUGGCGGCUCAGCCAGUUCUGGUACGAUCGUCGUACAGCCGAAACUAUCGCAUACGAGGUCGCGACUCUCUGUCAAACGCUCCCUUCUCCUCGCGUUUCGUGCAUUGCUUGCCCCACUCUGUAUGCCUAUCUCAAGAAAAUUGUUCCAGAAGUGCCAGCCCAGCUUCUUGAGUAUGAUAAAAGGUUUGAGCAAUAUGGGACUGACUUCACACUCUAUGACUACAACCAACCUGAGGAUAUCCCAUCUUCGCUGAAGCACUCAUUUCCAAUUGUAGUUGCUGAUCCUCCCUACCUGAGCAAGGAGUGCUUGGAGAAAGUUGCUGAAACAAUUAGAUAUUUAUCCAUGCCAGGAGAAUCUUACCUACUAUUACUCACAGGUGAGGUGCAAAAGGAUUUGGCUGCAAAGCUUUUAGGCUUGCACCCAUGUGGUUUUCGACCUCAGCACUCGAGCAAACUUGGCAAUGAGUUUCGGCUUUUUACCAGCUAUGAUCCUGGGGCAAGGCUCAAUGGGUGGGAGAAAGAAUUUUAAUGUCUUUAUGCUUCUGGAUAUCACAGAUGUGUAAGUCGAAUCAAUUGCUGUUUAGCUCUGUAACAACCAAGGGCCUAUAUUUUAUCUGAAAGGCUGGAUUGUUGUUAUAUAACUGUAUCUGGGAUAAGCUUCCUAGUCAAAGUUCUUACUGUUUCUUAUA